CUGGUUAAGUACAAAUAUGAGAAGGGCUCUCAUCUGAGUUCAUACCUGCCUUCUUCUCCACUCCAUUGCUUUGGUGAAGCCAAGAUGAAGCUCACAAUUGUCUUUGCCGGACUUCUUGGAGUCUUCCUGACCCCAGCCCUUGCUUUCAGUGAUAUCAACAUUGGCGGUGCUAGCAACAGUGGUAUAAGUGGGCAGCAGUCAGUGAGUGUCAACAAUGAACACAAUGUGGCCAAUAUUGACAAUAACAAUGGAUGGGACUCCUGGAAUGCCCUCUGGGAUUACAAUACUAACUUUGCUGCGAUUAGACUCUUUAAAAAGAAGAUAUGCAUUGUGCACAGAAUGAACAAGGAUGUCAUGCCCUCUCUUCAUACUCUUGAUGCACUGGUCAAGGAAAAGAAGCUUCAGGGUAAAGGACCAGGGGGACCACCUCCCACGAGUCUGAUGUACUCAAUCAACCCUGAGAGAGUCAAUGAUCUGGAAAAGUUAGGAAAACCCAUCGCUGGCAUGUGCAGAGGGAUUCCAACAUACACAGCUGAUGAGAUUGAAGGGGCAAGCCUGUUCUUUUACUCAAAAGCAUGCCUCCGUGCUGAUAUACUCUGGAUUCUGAGAAUUUCCUUAUGUGGAGAAUUGGAGGUGUAAAAA